GUUGAAAUUGUCACAAAAUACAAUAGAAGGCCACCUCUAGGAACUUAUCUUAUCUCUUAAAGAUGCUUAUUUGUUGCUAAGUAAAGCUGUCACAUCUCUUAAACAAUGUUAAUUAACUUAAUUUUAUUGAUAUCUGCAAGUGAUUAGAAUAAGAACUUGGAAGUGAGUUGUAUUGUGUAGCUUGUAAGAUGGGGAAGAAAGGUGGAAUCUUUAGGUAUGCAGAUGGUGUUGAUAAGUUGCUGAUGGUGUUCGGGACUCUGGGUAGCAUCGGAGAUGGGUUGAUGACACCGCUGACUAUGUUCGUUCUCAGCCGUGUGAUCAAUGAGUAUGGAGGUGCUACUCUUUCUGUCUCCAAUGAAGUUGUGGACAAGUACGGACUCAGACUGCUAAUUCUUGCAAUUGGGGUUGGAAUAUCUGCUUUCAUGGAAGGAGUUUGUUGGACUAGAACUGCUGAGAGGCAGGCAUCUCGGAUGAGAAUUGAGUACUUGAAAUCAGUACUCAGGCAAGAAGUUGCCUUCUUUGACAGUCAGGCUAAUUCUUCCAUUACCUUCCAAGUCAUUUCUACUAUCUCUUCCGAUGCUCAUUUAAUCCAAGACACAAUUGCGGAAAAGAUACCGAAUUGCUUGGCACAUCUCUCGUCAUUUAUCUUCUGCUUUCCUGUUGGCUUUGUGCUUUCUUGGCGACUGGCACUGGCUGCUCUUCCAUGCUCGAUCAUGUUUAUGAUCCCAGGAAUUGGAAUUGGGAAUGUAAUGAAGAAAUUGGGAGGUAAGAUAGCUGGUGCCUAUGGGGUUGCUGGAGGGAUUGCGGAACAAGCAAUCUCAUCAAUCCGUACAGUUUAUUCGUACGUUGGGGAGAAUCAAACACUAAAAAAGUUCGGCAUUGCUCUCGAAAAAUGCACUGAGCUAGGCAUAAAGCAAGGCUUCACAAAGGGAUUGCUGAUAGGCAGCAUGGGAAUGAUUUAUGCUGCUUGGGCUUUUCAGGCUUGGGUUGGUAGCAAACUUGUUACCGAGAGAGGAGAAAAGGGAGGCCUUGUUUUCAUUUCUGGAAUCUGCGUAAUUCUCGGAGGAGUGGCCAUAAUGAAUGCGCUUCCAAUUCUCGCUACCAUCACCGCAGCUACUGCUGCUGCUACUCGAAUAUCUGAAAUGAUUGAUCGAAUUCCCGCUAUUGAUUCUGAAGAUGAAAGGGGAAAAGUUUUAACAUUUGUGAAAGGAGACAUCGAAUUUAGAAGGGUUGAUUUCUGCUAUCCUUCAAGACCUGAUACCCUGGUUCUUCAAGGACUAAAUCUCAAAGUCCAAGCUGGUAAGAUGAUAGGUCUUGUUGGAGGCAGCGGUUCGGGCAAGUCAACAAUCAUUGCUUUGCUCGAAAGAUUUUAUGAUCCAGUAAAAGGACAGAUUCUCCUCGACGGAUACAAGUUAAAGAAGUUUCAGCUACAGUGGUUGAGAUCACAGAUGGGACUGGUCAAUCAAGAGCCUAUUCUCUUUGCAACAUCGAUAAAAGAGAAUAUUUUGUUCGGAAAGGAAGGAGCUUCAAUGGAAAAUGUAAUAAGUGCAGCUAAGGAUGCAAAUGCACAUGACUUCAUUUCUAAGCUACCUCAAGGAUAUGAUACUCAAGUUGGGCAAUUCGGAGUUCAAUUGUCUGGAGGACAAAAGCAGAGGAUUUCAAUAGCGAGAGCAAUCAUCAGAGACCCGAAAAUUCUUUUGCUUGAUGAAGCCACAAGUGCUUUGGAUGCUCAAUCCGAAAAAGUUGUACAAGAAGCCUUGGACCAAGCUUCACAAGGAAGAACAACAAUCGUCAUAGCUCACCGCCUCACCACAAUUCGCAAGGCUGAUCUGAUAGUGGUUCUUCAAUCGGGUAGAGUGGUGGAAAAGGGAUCUCAUGAGGACUUAGUCCAGAAGAACAAUGGAGAAGGUGGAGCUUACAGUAAGAUGCUGCAAUUACAGCAACAGGCAAUGCAGAACGGUGUCCCUGACAUAUCCUAUUAUCCAGACGAUAUCAUAGACCAAAAAACCAAACAUCCGCGAAAUCCGCAGGCACCAAAAAGUGGGAGAUCAAGCUGGAAAAAUAGCCCUGCGCCAAGGAGUGGGGAAACAAACUGGCACACACCAAGGAGUGUGACACCAAGCUGGCAAAACAGCCCGGCUUAUCCAGUCACCCCAAUAUUUUCCAUCAGCAUCGAGAACUCUUUCCAAGCACACUACGAUGACUUUGACGAUGAAAACAUCUCUCAUCGUUCCUCCUCCCUCUGGCGUUUAUUGCAAAUGAAUGCACCUGAAUGGAAGCAAACAAUACUAGGGUGUAUAGGAGCUGCUGGCUUCGGAGCUAUCCAGCCAGUUCAUGCCUAUUGCUUAGGAACAGUCAUAUCGGUUUACUUCCAAACAGACAAAUCCAAGAUACUAUCAGACACCAGAUUCUACUGCUACAUCUUCUUAAGCCUAGCAGUUCUCAGCUUCAUUGCUAAUCUCCUCCAACAUUACAACUUUGCAGUUAUGGGAGAGCGAUUAUCCAAAAGGGUUCGGAUACAAAUGCUCGAAAAAAUUCUCACCUUUGAGAUAGGGUGGUUUGAUAAAGAUGAUAACACAAGUGCUGCCAUCUGUGCACGGCUAACCACUGAAGCAAGCAUGGUUAGAUCCCUAACCGCAGAUCGUAUAUCAUUGUUGGUUCAGGUUUUUUUCAGUGCCUCAAUAGCUUUUGUGAUCGGACUCAUGAUCACAUGGAGGAUAGCCAUUGUAAUGAUUGCGAUACAGCCCUUGCUCAUAGGAAGCUUUUAUUCGAGGAGUGUUCUAAUGAAGAGUAUGUCUAUAAAAGCACAGAAAGCGCAAGCCGAGGGCAGUCAACUAGCUAGUGAAGCUACUUUCAACCAUAGGACUAUCACUGCAUUUUCUUCUCAGGAUAGAAUACUAAAGCUAUUUGGAGAUGCAAUGCGAGGGCCGCGGAAGGAGAACAUCAAACAGUCAUGGAUUUCAGGUUUGGGUCUGUUCAGCUCCCAAUUUUUGACAACAGCUGCAAUAGCCUUGACUUAUUGGUAUGGAGGAAGGCUAAUGAAUCAGAAGCUAGUGCCGGCGAAACACCUAUUUCAAGUCUUUUUCAUCUUAAUGAGCACCGGUAAGAACAUUGCAGACGCGGGAAGCAUGACUACUGAUCUAGCCAGAGGGGGAAAAGCCAUCAAGUCGAUAUUUUCAAUCCUAGACAGAGAGAGUGAAAUUUCUCCUGAAGAGUCUGAAGGGAUAAAAAAGAUUUUCAAGGGUCACAUAGAACUAAAAAAUGUAGUAUUCGCUUACCCGGUGAGGCCAGACCAGAUGAUCUUCAAGGGGCUGAAUCUGAAAAUUGAAGCUGGAAACACAAUAGCACUAGUGGGACAGAGUGGUUCUGGAAAAUCCACUGUCAUUGGCUUGAUCGAAAGGUUUUAUGACCCGCUAAAUGGAUCAGUAUUGAUAGAUGGAUGCGAGAUCAAGCUCUAUAAUUUGAGAAAAUUGAGGUCACAAAUUGCUUUGGUAAGCCAAGAGCCUACUCUUUUCGGAGGAACCAUCCACGAAAACAUUGUGUAUGGUAAAGAAAAUACAACAGUUUCUGAAGUAAGGAAGGCUGCAAAACUUGCCAAUGCUCAUGAAUUUAUAAGUUCUAUGGAAGAGGGGUACGAGACUUACUGUGGCGAAAGAGGAGUGCAACUAUCCGGAGGCCAGAAGCAGAGAAUAGCACUUGCUCGAGCAAUCCUAAAGAACCCAACAAUCCUUCUGUUGGAUGAAGCAACCAGCGCUCUUGACAGUGUGUCGGAAAAUUUAGUCCAAGCAGCAUUGGAGAAGAUGAUGGUCGGUAGAACAUGCGUAGUUGUAGCUCACAGGUUGUCCACAAUUCAGAAAGCAGACUCCAUAGCUGUGAUAGUGAAUGGGAAGGUUGCAGAAAAAGGAUCACACUCUGAGCUGCUUGCCAUUGGAGGUGCAUACCAUUCUCUGAUAAAACUACAAAGCAGUCACCCUCCACACCAACAUAACAUAUGAA